AAUGUUGAUUUCCGGUAAAUAACAGCCAUAUGUUGCAAUAAUACGUCGACAAAAACAGAAUGGCACCAGUGGAUCCGUUUACUGUGUAUAUUUCUGUAAUUGCUGUGAUAGCUAUAGCUCUUGUCAUUAUAUCUAUCAUUUUGAAGACAAAGAAAAAAGAUAAUAAGAAUGAGCAGCAAGGUCCAAGGCCAGGUGCUGUUCGGCAGGAAGUUGAUAAUGUCCCUGGUGGAGUGCGACGUCGAGCUCCCAGACGUGGGAGGAUGCAACGGCGACGCAAUGACGACUCUGAUGGUGAGGGUGAUGAUUCCGAUUUGGAUGUAGAUGGAGAAGAUGGUACAUUCAAAUUUGAAGAUGUUUUACCAGCUGGAAAGGGCAAGAAGUGGGAAGCUAAACAACAAGCUAAGGCAGAGAGGAAGGAGCAGAGACUGAUGAUGGAAGAAGAGAGAGAGGAAAAAAAGAAAAGAGAAAAGCUUCUGGAGAAACAAAGAAAGGAAGAGGAAGAUAGACAAAAGGCUGAGGACAAAAUAAAGGAAGAAGAGGAGAAGCUGCUGAAGGAAGAAGAAGAAAGGAGAGAGCACGAGGAAUAUCUAAAGAUAAAGGAGAGUUUUAUUGUUGAAGAUGAAGGAGAAGCCGACCUUGAGGCUGACCUCAAUUCACAGUCACUACUACAGGAGUUCAUAGAACACAUAAAGACUUCAAAAGUUGUAAUGCUUGAAGACUUGGCUUCACACUUUAAAAUAAGGACACAGGAUGCCAUUGACCGUGUCCAGGACCUGGUGGCAGAGGGGCGACUCACUGGUGUGAUCGAUGACCGGGGUAAAUUUAUUUACAUCACUGUUGAGGAGCUACAGACAAUCGCUAAAUACAUUAAACAACAUGGCCGUGUAUCUAUCACAGAGCUGGCCGAGUCAAGUAACAGACUUAUCAAUCUCAACCCGGACACCACAUCUCUAUCUAGCUCACAGGCCGCAGAAGUGUCAGCAUGAUAGUGGAACAGCUGUUGGAGACAUCAUUUUGAUUUAAUCUGGCUUUUUAUCUCUGGAUAAUGGGUACACCAGUUACUAGAUCUAGGUUUUCAAAUACCAAUAUUGACAGCUAGAAAAGACAAAUUAAUGUGACGAUGUGUUUGAGAUUGUGCACCCUGAUGUAAAUUUGACACCUGGAAUAGACAUCUGGAGAUGGGUGAAACAUUCGUAAACGCUACUCAGACUAUGCCGGUGUUAAAAAGUCGGAAGACACCUGGGCCGCAUUCGUUUAUUGCUAUCCAAACGGUUGAAACAGGUGGACCAGAGUCGUUCGUUUAUGAAAUAGAGUUGGACCUAGUAUCUGAUGCUGCUUUAAGGCGAGCCUUGGCAAAGCUUGCAAGGCCUGCAUAAAUAUUUGCAGGUCCGUCCUGAUUUAUACCUGAAAAUGUUACAUUUAAAAACAGACACCCAGUUGAACGGUAUAUGUGAAAGGGGCCCAAGAUGAGAAUUUUCAAUUAAUGGGGUACUACACUCAAGGGUACCAGGUAUUGACACUGCUUUGCUUUCUUACAGAAAAAAUGUUGGAAGUGGUUGUCUCGGGAACUUGUCUUGACACGAUACAUAAUGGCUAUACUACCAUGUCAGUAACUAACUAAAUGAAGGUGAAAUUUCUGUUUCAUGUUUCUUUACACAUUGUUAGCUCACCUGGAAGGACCAUGGUGAGCUUAUGCCAUACCGCAGCGUCCGUCGUCCGUCGUCCGUCC